AUGUCAUCUAAACGAAGACUAUCUGCAUCACAACCAUCAAAGUCACCACAAGAAAUUGAUGGUGAUUCAAAUGUAAAUAAAUCAGAAGAUUCAUCUCGAUCAGAUAUUUGUCUCGUAUGUGGUGACAAAGCGCGUAUUAUUAAUUAUGGUGCACUUUCUUGCCUAUCAUGUAGAACAUUUUUUCGUCGCAAUGGCUUUCGACCAGAUGGUCUUCGUCCAUGCUGUUUUAAUAAAUGUUGCGAAAUUAAUAUGCAAACACGACAUACAUGUACAGCUUGUCGUCUUACAAAAUGUUUUACGAUGGGUAUGAGCUCAGAUUUAAUUCGUAAAGAAGAUACAAAAAAAUUAAAAUGUACUUCAUCAUUAAAACAAAAUUCUACUACUAACCAAAGCACAUCUCAACAAGUCACAACUGCACCACAACUAGUUACAUCAAAUAUUCUUCACAGGGAUCAAUCAUCUCAUAUUGAUUCUCAAUGGACAUUAUUAUCAAAUAUUGUACAUUCUCAUAAUACAUUUAGUACCAUGUCACAAAUGCUUUUUACUGUCAACAAUCCACCUGCAUUAAGUGUUGAAACACAUAGUAUUGUGAUUAAUCCUAUUGAAAUUAUCCAUCAGAUGUUUAUAUCAAUGCAAUCAUUUAUUAGUUCAUCACCAGAUUUUCGAGUAUUAACUCUGAGUGAACAAACUUCAUUGUUCGAACGAAAUUUACCUGGUGUUGUUGCUUUUUACUCAACUCUUUUUUUUCGCCAUACAGGCAUUCUUCGUAUUCCUGAAUAUCUCAAUGC